AUGGCUUGUAAAGCAAAGCUUAUGAUUCCUGAGGAUGAGAAGUACGAAGGAAAGCCAUUUGCCCUUUCACACGCAAGGACCGCCAUUACAACAAUAAAGGCGAAGUUCAAUACGCAGCAGUUACAGAGGUUCGAGGGGAGUUGUUUUGGUCAUCUAUUACUGAUAGAGGACCUGAAGUGGAAUUCACAAGUUGUCCACGGGCUGUUGAUGAGGAAGGCUGAUCCUAAGACAGUUACACAGGUGAACGGGAUAAAAUUCAUUGUGGGUAACAAGUUGAUACAAUUCACAGCCCAACACUUUUGCCUCAUCACGGGCCUAAGGUUCGGAAAGCUCCCUUUCAUUCCGAAGGCGACAAAUGAAAACUGCUCCUUGAAGCGAAAAUACUUCAGUAGCAAUAAACCUCCCACCCUUUUGGACCUACACACUGCCUUCAUCGAGUGCACAGAUGAUGACGAUGCGUUAAAGCUUGGAAUGGUCUAUUUUGCCAUUUUUGUGCUAUUGGGUACUGAAAAGCAUGUGCUUAUUGACAUGCGCUAUUUGAAGUUGGCCGAAGACUUAGAAGAGUUUGACAAGUAUCCAUGGGGUGCCGUGUCAUAUGCGAUGACAAAUGCUUCACUUUUGAGGGCAGUUUCUCCUGAUUACCAACGAGUGAAGGUGCCCCAAAACAGAAAAAAGCCCAACAAACGUGGGAAGAAGAGAGCGCAGACAAGAAUGGAAUGCAGUAGAGCCAGAGAGUACAUCAUAAGGGGGUUUGGCUUCGCUCUUCAGAUUUGGGCUUUUGAAGUCUUCCCAGCAUUGGAAGCAUUGCAUUUCACGGUCCAUGAAGACAAUAGGCACAUCCCUCGAAUAUUACAUUGGAGGAGCAACACGGUGGCCCGUUUUUGGGAGGUUAUGAGUCAGGUUUAUGAAAACUUUGAGGUUGAUGUGCAACUUCUCCGGCCGACUGAUAUUGAGAAGCAACAACCUUACUGGAGUUGGGGUGAUGAUGAGAACAAUGAAGAAAUUGUUCAAUUGUUUGGGGAUGAGGGCGAAGACAAAACCAGCACUUCUAGUGAAGAAAAAGAGGCGGAUGUUGAGGAAACAACUACCCUUCCCUCCUCUUCUAAGGGCAAAGGGUCUUUUAAUGACUUUGGCAGGUUGAAGCAUCAAUUAGAAAGCACUAAGGAUGAGUUAGCAAAGCUACGUAGUUCAAAUCGGGGCCUUAGGAACAGAGUUCGUGACUUGGAAGCUAUUGUAGACAAGAACUGUUUGAAGCAUGAGAAGGAGUGUGACAGAAAUAAAAAGGCUAUUGGGGAUUUGACCCUAACAAUUGCUUCAGUGGAACAUUAUUUUAAAUUGGAGAUGGAGGAGUUAAAAAAAUUAUAUGGUGGAGAAGGGCAUGAGGAAGUGUGGACUGCUCAGAUGAAUGAAGGAGGGCAGAAUGAAAUGUCACUCUUGAAUGAACUUACUACUUCGACUACAGCAGGGCCUAAAAUGGACGCACAGGUUGCAGGUGAUGGAGUGGAAGCCUUCCCAGGCAUGCAUACAGAACGGGCUGAAAUGGAAGCAACAGUCUAUGGUGGAGUGGAAGGGGCUGAAAGGGAAGCAGAAGUCCCUGCUGAUGGAGUGGAAGCUUUUCUAGCCAUGCAAAUACAAGGGGCUAAAAGGGAAGCCAAAGUCCCUGCUGAUAUUGUGGAAGGCUUCCCAGCCAUGGAAGUCGAAGCCGCUGAAAUUGACACUUCAGUUUGUAACAAACAAGUGCACCAACAACCUCACAAGGUUCCUACUUCGGAAGAUGUGAAGGUUCCUAGUCUUGAAGAUCCCCUCAUUCCUAGUCCGGAAGAUAGGGAAGGGUACAGAGUUAUUUGUAAAACAAUGUUAAAUUGUUAG